UAUGGAUCAGUAGUCGACGGGCUCGUCGAUGUCAGUGUCGCACGCCGAGUCCUCAUCGGCAUAUUUCUCCUCGUCGGCCCAGUGCACGUCGGCCGUCUUGGGGUAAGCGAAGAAGACCUCUGACUCGGUAAUGCCCCAGCGCUUCUUGAUGUGGCGCAGACGGCCCUAACACACACACACACACACACGGGGUGGAAUGGAUGGUGGUGUGGCUUCAAAUGAGGCGGUAAGGGCGGUCGGUCUUACGAAUGCCUUUUUGACUUCAUGCAUACGCGGGAACUCCAUGAAGAACAUCCUGCAUCGCAUCGAUGAGAAGCAGCUCACACGUCGGACCGACGUAAUACUCAGGUGGGUGCAUUUACUCCAUCAGGCACUCACUCACCCGAUUCUGUGCUCGCCGAUCGAGUGGCCCGUCACUCGCUGGGGGUACUGCAACACAUGGAGCCGUGCAGCCAGCCAGCCAGCCAGCCAGCCAGCCAGUCAGCCAGCCAAUCAGCCACACGGCAAUGAGGGAGUGUAUGGUGUGCAUGUGCGUGUGUGUGAAGGAAGCUGUUCCGUCAUUCAUUCGCCCACGAAUGAGAUUUCGUUCAUCAUGGCGGUGAAGUCCUCUUCACUCAUGUCGUGGUGCCAGCCCGUCGUCACAAUCUACCACCCGAUCCAUCCAUCCAUCACACAGAAUCAUAUCUACUACAACGGAGCCUGGGUGUGGUGUGGUGUGCCUUCCUCCCUCCCUCCGCCUCUCACCUGGUACUUGGACCUUGAGGGCACAAAGUCGAGGUUUGGGUGUGAGAGGAAGACGCUCGACCGCCGGGCCCAGAUGAAGGAACACCCAAACAGAGUGCCGUACUGCACCCUCUUGGGCACGGCCGUCUCCUGCAUGCCAUAGCCACAGCACACAAAGGUAAAUAACACGUUGCUGUGCUGUGCUCUGUGUGUGGACAGACAGACGGGUGUGUCUUGGCUGUCUACCUGACCUGUAUGUGGUGUAUGACUUGGUUGGCGGCUCGCUCCGUCGGGCACACCACCCACGCCAUAUCAGACUGCUGACCGUGACGCUUGAACCGAAACACGAUGUCCUGCGGAGCCUGCAUCAAGACACACAGACACAAACACGCAUGGCAUGACGAACCAUCCUUCUUCUAUCUCUCGCCCACGCGCAGCGCACAGCCCAUACCAGAUCGACGUUCGCGUGUUUCUUGAUGAAGUAGGCGAGAUCGAGCCGGCCGUAGCUGGUGGGCAGCUCUGUGAUGGUCACGGUGCGACGGAAGUUCUCUGGCCGCGCCAAGAACCGCAGAUCCUCAGACAGACGCACAUAACGCUCACACCUGAACGGACAGAUCAGUCACAAAUAUGCACUGCACUGUGCAUAUAUCGCUCCCUCCCUUACUGCUCGACAAAUGCCUGGACAUCGUAUUUGUCCAUGAUCUUGACGCGAGUGCCCCUGGGCAGAUGGCGCAGGAAGUCCUCACUGGCCGUCCCGCCCAGCGGCUCCUCACAGGCCACCAUGGCCCGGCCUGUGGGGCGUCCGAGUCGAGACCGCAUUAUCAACACAUCGUUGGCAUCGACAGGCAGGCCCUCCUCCCUGCACGCCCUCACGAUGGCUUCGGCGGUGCACGACUCGGGCGGCAGGUACUCGAUGAGCAGACCCUCCUGACGCUCGAGCAUCGGGCUGCAAACAGCCACAGCAAAGAAGCGAAGCAGGGGUCGUCAUGUGUGCCACGUGUGCCGUGUGCUUGUUUCUUCUGUGAGGCUUACACAGUGUCGUCUGAUGCACGGGCGAUGAUGCCGCUCGGAAAAUGCCGAACUGACAGAUCUGCAGCGAAAGCUUAACUCACGGAAGGGCAUACAAGAUGGAAUGCAUCGUCCUCCUCUACCUCUUGACGCAUCGUCCAUCCGCCUGAACGGGUUCAAUGCCGUGCGGUGUGGUGGCGCAAAGGCGGCGUGGUGGGUCAUAGAUCUCCUUCGCAGAUGGACGCCCCGUGAUGCAGCGCUCGCACCGAGCUCGCCAGCAUUGUUGCUUCUGGACACGAGGGCAGCUGGCACAGGCCGCACUGCAGCAGCUGGUCCGUCAGAACGGAGUGAAGGCGAGAUGAGUCGAGAUGAGGGCCUCUUCUUGAAAGGCAAGGGAGGCGGCCGAAUCAUCCGCAAAGCUCUUCGGUUGUGG